GGGCAGCUUGAGCUUGAACGACCAUGACGAGAACCUUACACAACGAAUAUCCAAGAGCAGUCCAGAAGGACAGACAUGAGAGCAGAAACGGGCUUUUAAACAAGACGACCAAGGAUGGUGCAGGUCCCCAUGCCUGGGGAAGCUACGAAGAGGAGGUCAACCACUAUGAACUUGGCGUUAGAGACACUAAAGAGGCACUCCAGAAGCGUGGCAGUAUCACAAACGUAUCAGAUAAUGGCUUAGUUCCACGUCGUACCUCUAAUGUCUCAAUUCAAGAACGCGAAAAUGCGCGUAAAGAGCGCUCAAGUUUCAGCUCUAGGAAGUCUGAUGGCUUGCUUGAUCUCAGCGCAAUCGCUCGCUCUUCAGCUGCUGGCAGCACAAACGCAGCACAAGAUUGAGCUAAAAAUGCUCAAUAUGACAGAAAUGCGUGAUACACAUUCCAUUUUGUACGAAAUCAUGAAUUUAAAAU